AUGGAAACGGCUGAAGUUAAGAUUACACCUGCAGGCAAUUCAGGCCAACUCCUGGAAAAAAUCUGGCACCUGAACUUGCUAAUGAGAGAUGUGCUUCUGAAAAGUGAUCUGGAUAAUGAAGGUAUCGCAGAGUAUGUGUUUAGACUGAUCACUUUAACAAAAGAACUGAGCAGAUCUCUCAGCCAGCAGCUGGAGAAUGUUACUGAAGGUCUUCAAGACACUUACCACUUGCUGAGUGCUCUCCAUGACAAACACAAGGAAUUGACUGCAAGUCCAGAGUACAAUGGAAUUACUGAUUGUCUCCAGAAACUAAAGGAUUAUUUGAUAAAUACAGUCUCACAUCUUCAAGAGGCAGAAGAUAAACUUUAUGCCGCUAGUUGCAGACAAGGUGAUGAUUCUCAGAUCCAGACUGCUCAAAACGCUUCUAGAGAAACAGAUGUGUGUUGUUCUGAAGGAGAAGCGACAGAGUAUGUACAAGUAUCUUCUAGUCCCAGUCAGCAAUCCCAAAGAACUCCUUCCCUGAACAAGCGGGAAAGUCAGAAUGUUGAUCAAAUACAGCCAAGUGAAACUAAAACUGUGGAAAAAGACAUUAUUGCAUCAUUAGCUGAAAAUGUAUCUGCUCAAGAGCAGGACCUUAGCAGAAAACCUCCAAUAAAAAAGGAAGAUGGUGAAUACAGACUACUAAUGAACUUUGUAACAGAGAAAAAAGAUUGCAAUGGAAAAGAUAAACCUCAUGGAGGUACCUCUGAAAAGUCUCCAGAACCAGCUUUUCAAGAUGCUUUUACAAGCAGUGGGGAAGGCAUUCUAGCUGGGCCAUUGAACGACAUUUAUGACAGAACUGUCAUGAAUCUUUUUGAACAGGAAAAAAAGGCAGUAGUCAAAGAAUCUUCAAAAGGGGUAGAAAGUGAAGACCAUAGACUGAGAGAGCAAAUAGGAGACAGUAAAAUGGCAACAAAUAAUGAGAUUUGUAGGAAUGACCUAAUUACCUUCACAAAUUCAACACAAACGUGUGAUAUUACUGCUGUGAAUCCUUUUAUGAAUGACUCGGAAGAAAUACAAAAAUCUAGGCAUUGGAUGAAGAAAGAGUAA